AUGGGUGAAUACCGACAAGGCCGAAACCCCCGGUACAGCAAGAUGCGCUCCAUCCUGAUCAUCAACCCCAACUCGACGGUGUCGAUGACCGAUGGCCUCAAGCCACUGGUCGACGCCCUGCAGUUCUCAGACACAACGCACGCCUACUUCACCGCCCCCGACGGCGUCAAGAGCAUCAACAACGAAGACGACGCCCGCGAGUCCGUGAAACACUGCCUGCCCACCCUGCGCCCGCUGCUCGACCGCUACGACGCCUUCCUCGUCGCCUGCUACUCGCAGCACCCCCUCGUGCCGCUGCUGAAAGAGGAGCCCGCGAUCAAAGCAUCCCGCAAGCCCGUCACCGGCAUCUUCGAGGCGAGUGUGGGCGCGAGUCUGCAGGCGAUCCACCCGGACGAGAAGUUCGGCAUCGUCAGCACGGGCAAGGUGUGGGAGGACAUUCUCACAGAAGCUACGGUGCAAUUCCUCGGCACGGGAGAGGAUGCGGGGAAGCGGUUUGCAGGCGUCGAGACCACGGGGCUGAAUGCGACGGAUUUGCAUGAUGCGCCGGCGGAGGAGGUGAGGCAGAAGAUGAAGGAUGCGGUUAAACGGCUGCUGAGGAAGGGGAGUGUAGGGGCGGUUUGUUUGGGGUGUGCGGGGAUGGCGGGGAUGGAUCAGAUGGUGAGGGAGGCGUGUGUUGAGGAGCUGGGGGAGGAGGAGGGGCGGAGAGUGAGGAUUGUGGAUGGCGUUAUGGCGGGUGUUGCGUGGUUGGAGGGUGCUGUAAGGGCUGGGUUCUAG